ACUCACAUAACUUCCAUAUUUAUACAUGGAGGUGCAAAGAUUGAUAGCUACUUCUAGAGAGAGAGAGAAAUCUAGAGAGAGAAAGUGAUAAUAUGGGUAUGGGAUUUACACCAAAAUCUAAAGUAAACAACACAAAUAAUAGUAGUGAAAAUUGGGGAAUGGGUUUUCUCUUCAUAUUCUUCCCUGAAGAAGAAGAAGAAGAGCAAAAAAAACCCAAUUUCUCUUUCACUAAUUCUUCUUCUUCAUCUUCUUCUUCUUCAUUGUUGCCUUCGUUUUCAUUCAAAUCGAUUAAUGCAAUUCGUAACCGUUCAACUUCGUCUCAUCUCAUCUCAAAAGCACAAUCCACAAUUUCAAUUUGUGUAUUGUUGAUUUUCAUCACUCUUUUACUCUUCACUCUCUCAACUUUUGAACCCAACAAUUCGUUAAAUCAAAAACGAAAACCCCCAAUUCUUAAUUUCCAAGAGAAAUUGAUUUUCGCACCUGCAUUGCAAGGUAUGGGUUCGUUGUAUCGAAGAGGAACAAGGGCUAUGAAUGACUUAAUCGUAGCUCAUGUAAUCGAAUCCGUAACGGAGAUCGAACUGAAAAUGUUCCUCAGAUUACUCCACAGAUCCGGAAUCACUUCAAAAUCAGACAUAUUGUUCCUAUUUUCAUCGAAAUCAAGCUCGUUGGAUCACGCCAUUGUUGAAGAGAACAACUCCUUUUUGAAGCUCAUCAAUGGCUACUACAAAUACAUUAAUAACUCAAGUUCUGACCCGACCCGAUUCGUUAAUUCAACUUUUGACCCGACCCAGUUUGUGAUUUCGAGUAAGAAAGAAAAGGAAAGUGGAGAACCCAUUUGGGGUAAGAAAAUUCGGGUUUAUGAGGAUUUUGGUAACUCAACCGAGUUAAGUCUAACUCGGUUGAGUUAUGGUUCGGUAGUGGGUUUCGAUGCGGGUGAACUUGACCCGGAGAAUUCGUUAUCCGGGUUCUUGGAUCAUGUUCCAAUGAGUUUAAGAAGAUGGGCCUGUUACCCGAUGUUAUUGGGUCGGGUACGGAGAAAUUACAAACAUGUCCUUUUAGUAGACCUAAAGGAAUAUCUCGUACUUGGUGAUUCACUAAGCCAACUCAAGAAUCGUAGUCCGGAGUCCGUUAUACUAACCACAUUACCUACUCGAAAAAAGAACUCCGAGAGAAAACCCGUUAACUCGGGGUUUGUAUUCGGUGGUGCACGUGGAGUGAGACGAUUGGCUAAUGCAAUGUUAACGGAAAUCGUUCGAGCUAUAACACAACAUAAGAAGAGAAACAUGGUGUCCGAGUCAACAUUGUUCAACCAACUUGUUGCGAAUGAGUUUAUGUUGAAGAAUGUGAAUUUGAUUGUAUCGAGUGAGUCAACUCAUGAACUAAGUUCACUCACCGGGUUAAUGAACUCAAACUCGAAAUCGGGUUCGAGUUCAUUUUCUACUUCUAAAUUUCCUAUUGUUAGGCGUGGGAAUAGUAAUUUGGAUUAGUUAUGUUUUUAAGAAGUAUUUAUGUUCUUCUCCUUUGGAUUCUAUAGCUUACGGUGAUUGUUAGUGGUAAAAAGAAAAAGAAAAAAUAUCAUAGGUUUAUAUAUUUUAUUUUAUUUUUUGUAUUUUUUUUAGAGGGUUUUGUAAUAUUUUGUUCAUAAUACAAUUUGUUAAAUAAUAUUUGA